UUCGCGAAAAGGAAACUGUAGCCACAUGCCUUUCUCAGAGCUCAUAGUCCUGCUUUAUUUCAGGCUGCAUGAGGCAGAAUGAUCACAAGAGGAAUGAGUUCAUAAAUCCUGCAUUGUCUACAAUGACAACAGUAAGAAGCCGGUUUACCUGCCCUGGUUGCAUACUUCUAUUAAUUCCUUUAGUCGUGAGUUUACAGAACUGCACUGAAGUCAAUCAGACAGAACCCAUCAGGGACCAUCAGAUCCAUCAGGGACAGUCAACCACCAUCAACUGUCAUUACAACAAAAACAGAAGCCAAUAUCUUUCAGUAAAGUUGAGAACAAAGAACAGAGUCUGUGAAUACCGCUAUUUUAAUAAAUCCUGGACUAAAAGUUUCUGUAAUGACAACAUCAGAUUAAUAUGGAUUCCGGAAACAGAAGAAAUAUCAUUUCAGCUCAUAAAUCUUCAGAUAAAUAAUUCUGGCAUGUACACAUGUAUUGUGGAAAACUACCUUCCACCUCCUACAAGGUGUUUGGGACAGAAGAGGAUAUUCAUUCAUGUAAAAGCACCUCUACUUGUAUCUCUGUCAUGUGUGAAACGGCCUGAUGGAGUUCCCACAAUGCUUUGUGUUGCCGAGGGCUUUUACCCUGCUGAUCUACAGCAGGCCUGGCUCAGAGAUGGAGAAUAUAUCAGCUGCCCAAACAUUUCACUUACACCUAUAUAUAAGGAAAACCUCAACUCUGAUGUCAGAAGGACCUACAGCAAAAACUUAAAUGGGAUUUAUAGUGUCACAUCGUACCUCCAUGUGUCUUCAAGCAUAACAGUGUACUACUGCUGGGUCAAUCACUCAAGCCUGAGCCAACCCAUCGUGGUUAACAUCUCCUUGACUGAGUGUACUGAGGGAACAGAGUCAUCACCUGUUUUGCAUGGGGCAAGAUUUGAUUAAGUCAUUACACUCUGAACGAACAUCUGCCUUUCAGCUGCACGCCAUCUCUGGUCUACUGCUGAUGCCACUGUUACAACUGAACCUGUCUCACACCCUCAGGUCCAUCAACAACAUGAAUUGAAGCAAAUGCAUCCGCUACAAGAAUAAAAAAUUUUUUAUUAAAAGUGUCAUAAGGAUCAUGUAACAGCUCAUGUUUUUACACUUUCUGGCCGGCAAUAAACAUUGUUACCAAGGCACAUUACAGGACCAUAUUAUAAAUAUUCUUCUGUUUAAGACACAUGUCAAAUCACUGACAAAGUUUGACCUUUGAAGUACACAUAUGAAUUUAUUUAAAAUAAAUAUAUUUUCUAAAUCGACAUGGAAGAUAUUUUGAGGAAUUGUGUUUUGUUUGUUUUUGAUAUGUGUUUUGUCAGUUUUAAAUAACUUGUACAUAAAAAACAGCAAGCACUGCUACUUAGCUAUCUCUCUCUCUUUAAGGCAAAUGUAGUAAAACAUAUAAGAACAUCACUUUGAGUCAUAUAACUUUGUUGUGUUUAUAGGCAAGGCUCCUACAGCUUUUCACAACUUGCCAACAAAGAUGGCGCUGGCAUAAGUAGUGCCCAUAUGUAGUGAGGUUCAUAUGAGAACAAUGUAUACACACUGAAUUAGUGUGGAAGUGCCCAGGUUUCCAAAAUGUUUUAAUAAACAAACAAAUAAACAAACAAACAAAACACAUCAAGAUGAGACACAGAAAAAAUACUGUAUUUUAUCUGAAAAAAAAAACAGACAGAUGAUCUUUUUGAGUUUUGAGUCAGCUAACAUUAGCAAACUUUACAUUUAUGCAACAAUUUCUUAAAUAAUGAGCAACUUCUAAAUGCUUGUCCUUUCAUUAGCUAGUCCUAAACAAAGAUUUUAUAAUAAUCUGUGCAUGUGUAUGAUGUACAGCCACCUUUGUAGACUGUUACUGGGCAUUUUACCACUCAUAUAGUUUAUAUACUGUAUGUCACUGAAGAAACCAUUUUCACCAGCGCAGAGACACUCACAUGAAGGUAAAACAUGAAAAUGAUGAACUGCAUUAUAAAGGUUUUUUUCUUCUGUUAACUUUUGCUGAUGUUCCAAUACGCUGUAAUGAAACACUGUAAUAAAAUUCUGUGGCUGUGUUUCCUUUAUUCUGAAAUACAGUAUCCAUGAAAAGUUUGGA